UCUUCAGUAGACAACUCAUCGAUUAAUUUCUUCAGUCUUUUUUCUGAUCAUCUUCGCGUAAUCUUUUUUCAUAUCUGGGCUUGUUGCUUUGGGACUGAUUCGCAUACGUUGGAUAAAACGAAAAGGGUGCUAGGAAAGGAUUGGGAGUGCGAAAUGACAUUGCAUCCGAGAUUGUUGUAUUUCCGUGAGUCAGAGACUCCUGGUUUUGGCCAGAUGCUAAUUGUAGCGAAAUCUGCAUUGGAGUUCCUGUACUUGGAUGUUGCUAAUGGAUUCAAUCUCAUGUUCGCAUAUGGGGCACUGUGA